CUACCAAAGAAAGGAAGCUUUCAUAAUAUUUUGGAGGUUUGGAAGAGCAGAAACAAAGGAAACCGAACCUGCCUUAGUGAUGUUUUCAUUUCACGUAGCUCUGGGCAUGCUGCUAUACUCUGGACUGGAUAACUGAGGAAAAUGGGAGGUGGGAAGGACAAGCAUGAUGGGAAAGACAGCAGUGACAGAGGAUUCUUAUCAGACAUGGCACAUGGACUUUAUCCAUCAGGACACCACUCUGGAUACCCUCCAGCACCUGGGGCAUACCCUCCUCAAGGUUACCCCCCAGCACCUGGGGGAUACCCUCCCCAAGGUUACCCCUCAGCACCUGGGGGAUACCCUCCUCAAGGUUACCCCUCAGCACCUGGGGGAUACCCUCCUCAAGGGUAUCCUCCACAGGGAUACCCUCCACAUGGGUACCCACCCGGUGGAUACCCACCAGCAGCUUAUCCUGGUCCAUCUGCUCCACAUCAAGGACAUGGAUCUCACAUGGGAACGAUGCUAGCUGGGGGUGCAGCCGCUGCAGCGGCCGCCUAUGGGGUGCACCAUAUUGCACAUGGUUCUCAUCAUGGUGCCACCCCUGGGGCCUACUAUGGUCAUAUGCCUGGUCACCAUGGCAAGUUCAAGCACCACGGGAAGUUCAAGCAUGGGAAGUUUGGCAAGCAUAAGCAUGGGAAGCAUGGCAUGUUUGGAGGAAAGUUCAAGAAAUGGAAGUAAUUGCUACUAGUGUUUUAUUGCUGACUGAGCCAGUGAACUUCUUUCUUUAUAGUGCCAGUCAAAUAUCUGCUGAUGCUAUUGCAAACUUUAUGCUUUUUGUCUUCUCGUGGUUGCGACUUUGUUCUCUACCUAUAAAUGCAUUUAGCGCUUGAUAGUUUGUAGAAAUAAAUGUUCUUCCUUCUUUUCUA